UUGGUUACGGACUGUUGCUAUGACGUCUGCCCCAGACGCUAUUAGCGUCAAGCCACUCGAAAGCUAUUCCCGCAAACAAAAUUAGUUUCCACUCUAUCACGUAGUUGCGGAUUCAGUAGUUAUAAUAUUGUAACGUUUGUAUUACAAAUAAUUCUAAAACAGUGGAAUAUUACGGCUUGAUAUAAAUUUAACGACUCGUGAACUGAAAUGUUUGGACAAAUCGACUGACUGAAUUCGGGUGUCGAAAGAGAUCGAGAUGAAGAACGUCUUCACCCUUGUGGACAACGCCUGGACAGGCUCUCAGUUAAUUUACAAGUGGCAGAAAUCCCUUGGAAAUUAUAUAGCUGUUGCAGGACAUGAUAGCUCAGUAAAAAUAUUUGAUCGCCAUGGACACAAGUGGACUGAAAUCAGCCUUUCCGGACGUUGCGUGGGGAUGGACUGGGAUAAGGAUGGGGACAUUUUGGCGGUGAUAGCAGCCAAAUCCAGCUCCAUCCACCUCUGGGAUGCCAGCGUGAAUAAAACCUCUAAGAUCGACAGUGGCAUGAGAGAUCCUAUGUCCCUAAUUGUAUGGUCAAAAACGGGUCCCCUCCUGGCAGCUGGGACAGUAAAAGGAAAUUUGUUAAUCUACAAUCAGCAGACCUCCCACAAGAUCCCGAUAUUAGGUAAACACACCAAGAAGAUCACCUGCGGCUGCUGGAACACUCAGAAUCUGCUGAUUCUUGGAUGUGAUGACAACAAUCUGAGCAUCAGCAAUCAAGAGGGGGACACUAUCAGAGAGGUAAAACUGCGUGGGGCACCUGCCGAUAUUUACAUCUCAAUGAGGAAGACAAGUGAAAGGACAGCCCAAGGAGAGAACACUGUGAGUGUCUGUGUGGACAAGAAGAUUCUAGUCAUUUUUAACAUUUACAACAAAGAUGACUGGUAUGAUCUGGGCUUUAACGGGAAGUACGGACACAUCGUCUCCUAUCGUUGGUUUGGUGACGGGUACAUACUCAUUGGCUUCUCCGAUGGGUACUUUGUUGUCAUAUCCACUCAUGCCAGAGAGAUCGGAAAUGAACUCUGGCAGGCUCGCAACCAUAAAGACAGCCUGAACAGUGUAGCCAUCUCAUCAGCAUUAAAUAAGGCAGCUUCCUGUGGGGACAACAGCAUAAAGAUCCAUGACCUCUCUGACCUCAAAUACAUCAGCAACGUCAUUCAGUUGGAGGAUGAGACAAAAGGUCUGGACCAGCUGAGCUGGACAGAUGAUGGACAGCUGCUAGCAGUUUCCACACAAAAAGGGACUCUUCAUGUCUUCCUCACGAAGCUUCCCAUACUGGGUGACAGCUACGGAACCAGACUAGCCUACCUUACAUCUUUGCUGGAGGUCACAGUGUCAAACUAUGGGACAUCUCCUGUGACCAUCCAAGUGGAAGUAGAACCAACUUUUAUUGCCGUGGGACCCUAUCACGUGGCCGUAGGAAUGAACAACAAAGCCUGGUUCUACGCUCCUCUUGAACAAGAAUCCGUUUUUACCAAACUAAAGGAGAUUGAGUACUUCGGGACAGUUGCCAACAUGUGCCUUAAUGCAAAAUAUGCCGCAGUGCUGUUUGAUGGCAAAGUGCAGCUGCACAUGAUCGAUGACAGUGAGCAGGAGGAGCGGAAGCAGAUGAAGUUGUUUCCAGACGAUGACCGAAAAGGGCGUAUCCUUUGCCACGCCCUCACCGCCGACUUCCUUUACUAUGGCACUGAUUUAGGUAACGUGGUCUGCGUCUUGGUGGAGGAUUGGGAGACUGUGAGCACUUACAGCCACGCAGUAGCCGUGAGGAAAGUUUACCCGGAUGUAAAUGGCGCACGAUUGGUCUUAAUCGACGACAAGAAAGGCGGUUUCCUGCUCACCCUUUCAAGUGCAGCAGAUUCCUGCCUUGAGCUUCCAAAUUUCUCCCCCACCGUCACUGGAGUGCUGUGGGAUAACUGGCAUGCUGACAGAGGAGUGUUUGUUGCUUAUGACGACGACAAGGCCUAUACUUAUGCGGUGCAUAAAACAACCAUCUAUGGCCAGCGAGUGGUGUUAGUGGGGAGCACUCCACUUCUUUCUUCCCAGAAGCCUUUGCUAUUGUACAACGGGGCGCUGACGUGCCAGACGGCCAGCGGCAAGAUUAGUGAAGUGGCUCUGAGCACACACUCCUUCCUGGAGCUCUCAACCAGCGCAUCGUCUGGGUCACCGCCGGAAUUCGGCAAACAGCUCACGCAGGCCCUUCAGCUCAAGAGGUUCCAUGAAGCCUGGGAUCUGUGUGUGACGGAGGGCAGUGACGCCGACAAAGACGAGAUCGGCAAAACCUGUCUGGUCCACAUGGAGGUUGAGCUGGCCAUCCACUUCUACCGCAUGAUUGGCAAUGUGGGCAUGGUGCUGUCAUUGCAGGCCGUCCAGGGCAUCGAGGAUAAUAACUUACUUGCAGGUCAUUUGGCCAUGUUUCUGGAGGACUUCUGUCUUGCUCAGGAUCUCUAUCUGGCCUCAAGUUGUCCAAUAGCUGCCUUGGAGAUGAGAAGAGACCUGCUGCAUUGGGACAGUGCUCUGAAGUUAGCCAAGGGGUUAGCAGAAGACCAGAUUCCCUUUCUAUCCAAAGAAUAUGCUGUCCAUCUAGAGUUUAUUGGAGACUACAUGAAUGCUCUAUCUCACUACGAGAAAGGCAUGACCAAUAAUAACAAAUUCCAGGAGCAUGAUGAGGUGUGCCAGGCUGGCAUAGCCAGGAUGUCUAUUCGAAUGGGGGACAUAAGGAGAGGAGUGGCCCAGGCUAGCCAACACCCAAGUAGAGUUCUGAAGAAAGAAUGUGCUGCCAUACUGGAAAGCAUGAAGCAAUUCUCUGAAGCUGCUCAGCUUUAUGAAAAAGGGCAGUGUUAUGACAAGGCGGCAUCGGUUUAUAUUCGCUGCAAAAACUGGGCAAAAGUGGGCGAGUUGCUCCCAUAUGUCACCUCUUCUAAAAUUCACCUGCAGUACGCAAAAGCCAAGGAGGCAGAUGGCAAGUAUAAGGAGGCAGCACAAGCCUAUGGGAGUGCUAAGGACUGGGACAAUGUGACCCGGGUACUACUGGAUCAUCUGAAGAACCCAGAAGCUGCUGUACGCAUUGUUAGAGAGACGCAGAGUGUUGAAGGGGCAAAGAUGGUGGCCAGGUUCUUCCUGUCACUGAAUGACUAUGGCUCGGCUAUCCACUUCCUGGUGCUGUCUCAAUGCAACGAUGAAGCCUUCCAGCUGGCACAGCAGCACAGGCAGAUGGAAGUCUAUGCAGACAUCAUCGGCUCGGAUGCAACACUACAGGACUACCAGAGCAUCGCACUGUACUUUGAGGGAGAAAAGAACCACCUGCAGGCUGGCAAAUUCUUUCAGAAGUGUGCGCAAUACAGCCGAGCCCUGAAGCAUUUCUUAAAGUGUCCCAAUACGGAGGACAGCCCGGCUUUGGACAUGGCUAUUGAGACGGUGGGCCAAGCGAAGGACACCGCCCUGACCAAUCUACUGAUAGAAUACCUGAUGGGCGAGAGUGAUGGCAUACCAAAGGAUGCCAAGUACCUGUUCCGUCUCUACAUGGCACUACAGCAAUAUAGAGAGGCUGCUCGCACUGCCAUCAUCAUCGCCAGAGAAGAGCAGAAUGCUGGUAACUACCGCAGCUCCCACAAUGUGCUGUUCAGCAUGUACACACAGCUGCAGGCCCACAACAUCAAGAUUCCUGCAGAAAUGGCCACUAAUCUGAUGAUCCUGCACUCCUACCUGCUUGGAAAGAUCCACAUCAAACGAAGAGACCACCUUAAAGGGGCACGCAUGCUCAUUCGCGUCAGCAAAAAUAUCAGCAAAUUUCCUGCACAUGUUGUACCCAUUCUGACAUCAGCGGUCAUUGAAUGUCACCGAGCAGGGUUGAAGAACUCAGCUUUUGGCUUUGCUGCCAUGCUGAUGCGACCCGAGUACCGAAACGAAAUCCACCAGAAUUACAGGAAGAAAAUCGAGGCGAUGGUUCGGCGUCCCGAUACGUCAGAGUUGGAAGAGGAAACUACACCGUGUCCUUACUGUGGCUUCCAGCUACCACAGAAUGAACUGCUGUGUAUCUCCUGCAAGAACAACGUGCCUUAUUGCAUCGCCACAGGUCGUCACAUGCUGAAAGAAGACUGGUCCGUGUGUCCUCAUUGUGAAUUUCCUGCACUCUACUCACAGUUCAUCUUAUUGCUGGAGACCGAGACGGCGUGUCCCAUGUGCUCGGAGACUCUCAGUGCCCAGCAGUUGAAGAAGAUUACAGAUUGUUCCAAAUACCUGCAGACUGAUGAACUGGAUCAGUGAAGGUGACAUCAAGUUGUAGAAACAUAAUGGACUAGUUUUUGUUAUCCUGCAGAUUUUCCAUGGAAUCCUGAUUAACAUUUGUACCACUGGAUUGGUCCUUUAACUACACAAUUGUAAAUGUUGUGUUAGCUUUAUAUGAAAGUGCAAAAUUGAGAAUGGAUUUAAAAGUAAGUAAAAAAAACUUCUUUUAAAUAGGGUAAAUUAACUUGAGAAAUGUAUAUUAAAAAAACAUGUUUCAAUGCAUGCCUUUGGUCUAACAAUACACAGCGUUUUUCCUCCGUAGGCCAGGGAUGUCCACAUUUUUUCCAAUGAGGGUGGCAUGCUGAAAAAUCUAAGAAAACUGGGGGUCAUGUUCAUAUUUUUCAACGUAUUUUAAAAAAAUUGUAAAAAGGCUAGACACCCAGGACAAUUAAUAAUCAAGCAAGUUGUCAUAGAAAAGUACAAAUUUUAUUUUUUAUUCUUUACAAAGGACUGUUUACCCAAGUUUUUUUUAAACAAAAAUAUAACAGCUUCUCAUUGAUGUCGAAUGAAAAAGACACAAAAAUAUAAAAAAAAUGCUUGUCACCAAGAAAGUACAAAAAAAGGACAGUUGGAAAGACAGAAAAGCAGAUAACAAGAAACCAUGUUAAAUUGUGUCAAAGAAGAGCGUACUUAAAAAAAAUAAUGGAACUUCCUCGGUUUCAGGCAGUAGAGGAAAGGAAGUGCUUUCAACCAAAUAGUCACUGAAGGACAUCAGUGCUGAGAUACAAGUACAGACAUUUUGGUUGGUGAAGUGUUUGUCUGAAAUGGAGAAAAAAAAAAAUAAAAAUAAAGCCAUCCACCUAAAAGUUAACUUCUGAUUCAACUUUAGGCUAUGCCUUCACAUUUGACAGAAUUCCACCCAUUUUUGACGCUAUGAACAACCCCGAUUACCCAACGUUGCAUGGAAAUAAACUAGUCUAACCAGAUGGAACACUGAUGCCAAGUAGUGCACAGUGUCCACACACACACACACACAAAACACUUUCACGCUCAACAUGUGUUUGUCAAAAAAGAAAAAAAUGCCUGCAUUACAUAAGAGACAACACAUUAGUAACAUGCAUUCAGUCUGCAACAGAACAAUAAAUGAAAAGACAAGUCCAUCCAUAUGGAAUGUUUACAGCAUCUACUUGUGUUUGUAAAUAGAAGCAAGCAUUUCCAGUAAAGAAAGAAAUCCCGAAAAAGAAUGAGCAUCAAAACAUGAUCUGAUUUGUUUUCGGAGAGAUGGGCAGUGCUCACGUUGGAUUAUUGUUGCAAUUAUACAGUAUUUCAAUUUAAUUAGUAACUGAUCAAGAUAUGUUAUUCCAGCACAACUAAACUGCACAAAAUGACUUUUGCCGUGUUAAAAAGUGAUCAGCUCACCGCUAGUCAGCAGAGCAGCACGUUGGCAAACAGCACCUUUUUUUUAUAAGAACAAUUACAUUCUUUGAUAUAAGCACGCCACGUAUAUACUGUAGGUGGAACAAACACACCUAUUAGCGGUGUGCAUAGAAUUAUCCACCUCGCGUAUGAAUGGACUUGAAAAUGCAAUUGCAUAAAUAGCAAACACUCAAGUGCAUAGUCACUACAAGCAACAAAUCAAUAUUAGAAGUUGCACCUGGAAGUCUUUGGUGGAAAUCAUGAAAUCGUCAUGCAAACUAAAUCCUUAUUUCUUUUUAAAGAUUACAUGUCUUAUGGAAAAAAAAAAUCAUUGAAGUUGUUUUGAUAUUGAAAAAGGCCACCAGACAUUACCAGAAUCCUGGUGAACACUUGCCUCGUGUCAGCAGCUGUGCACUUUAGGUGACUGACCUCAAAAUCCAUCUCAAGGUGUCCUGCUCCUUGUUAAACCUAACAAACAUCCGAUUUUAGGUUAAUCUCAUAAGAAACGUUCAGUAACCCCGACGGAGUAUGUAUUCCAAUUUUUCAAUAGCUUAUAUUAAAGGGCUUAAAUAGAUCAUGAAGACUUUUCAUUCAAGUGAAUGUGACGUAUCCUGUAAUCAAGUCUGCCUGACAUGCCUUCAAUUCGACUGUGUUUUGAAUUUGCGACUGAAAUAUAAACAAACCAAUCAUAAAUAUGAUGGAAUCUAAAUCAAAGAAAUACUUGCAGCUCGCGCAUUUCAAAUGAAAAAAAAAAGAAAAAAGUCAUAAGCGGCUGCUUAUUGUGUUGUUACAUUCAGUUCUGUUAAAUGAAAAUAAGAAUUUGCAGCACAAAUGAAGUCAGCCUGCCAGCGACAUCCGACUGUCGCUAUAUAAACAACAACAUGGAGGACGGACGAUGAACAGCAGCCUAUGGCCUUCUCUGCACGCUGACCACUCCUGGGUUUCAAUUAGACAAUUUACACGACAUGACCAACAAAGAAGAGCUUCACUACUGGAAGUCAGAGUUUGGAGAGCUUUUUUUUCUUUAAAAAAAAAAAAAGUAGUCAAGCUUCUGGAUGGAAUCUUACAGUGAGAUGGUGUUUUUAAGUGUUUCCAAGUUCACAGCACGAUCAGUUCAUUGAACAGUCCUCUCCCUCCGUAUCCGUGUCUGUGUCUGAGCAGGCGGUGUCCAUAGCAACAUGGGCGGGGCUAACAAUGACAGCUCGUCUCUGCUCCUCCUCUGCACUCGCUCGUCUCUCCUGAGUGCGCUCAAUGUGAUGGAUGGCCUGAGAGGAGCAAACGGGACGAUACGGCGCAUCUUAGUGACUGUUCAGCAAGGUUAGACUCACAAGACAAAAGAUUAGGUACAGCUACUCAAUCUAAUGAGAUGCCAAAUAUAAUUUGCCUUUUAAGACAAUUCUUGUUCACGAAUGAUCCUUCUAGUGACAGAACUACUAUUUUCAAUAAUUUAAUUAUUUAGCUACAUGAAACAGCAUAGCACCGCAAAUGCCCCUUGUUUCAUGGUUAAAUGUGGCCCAUUAUAUGCACAUUUAAAGCAGCUUUUAUGUAUUUUUUCCCCUUUCAAACAUAAAAAUGAUGAAAUGAACAAAAAUAAAAAUACUACAAUUAGGAAAACACAUUCAAAUUGUCGAUGUAGUAUUUUGCACUGAUCACUAGGUGUCAGUAGUUGUUUGGUGAGACAAGCACCAGACUUGAUAGCCAGAACAACAGGCUUUUAUUGCAGGCACAAUAACAACACAAAAAUCAUAACUGUAAAGUGUCUGAGUAUUUUGAAAAGCGCUAUACAAAUAAAAUGUAUUAUUAUUAUUAUAACACUGGCUACUGUUGCGGCCGUAACCCAUGACGAGCUAAAACUCAACUCUGAAACCCUGGUGUCACUUCCUGUCCCUCUGCCACUCAGCUUCCCUAGGGAACAGAUUUGCUGCAACAUAAGUUUUAUUUAGAGUAAAUUUUAAAAAGCUUAUUUUCUCUGGCAAGAGGGUUCUAAAAAAUUCACUUAUAGUUGGAUCUGGAACUAAUUAACCAUGAUAAACGGGGGAUUGCUGUACAAUAAAAAAAAAAAAACACGUUUAGUGAAUGCUUCUCACACAGUGUCAAUCAAAACAGAGCAUUUUCUUCGAAUUUUCGAUAUAGUUUUGAUAUAUUGAAUAUCAUUAGAACGUGUAGGUGUACCUGCAUUUCUAGCCGACCUGAUGAAUAAAUAAAACGCCUACCUGCACGAUGGUGUCCAGGUUUUGUCUAGACGUGGACACGGUGCUGGUGUGGACAGAUGAGCUCAUGGUUACUACGUUGACGUGGUGAUGGGGUGGCUGGGUUAGUGUUGGCGCUGGGACGAUGACUGUUGGGUGAUGCGUUGAGGCGAGGGGAGUCGGAGAAACCAACGCCUGCACACAAGUCAGAUCAAGUAACAUGUUUUUCAUGUCAGGUCACUUUGUGAUAAAAUACUUAAUAAAGUGCAUUUACAAUAAUUUAAUUUGUAUUUUGCUUCACUUGAGUUGCUGGACUAUAACCCAAAUUUCUAAGUAUGUGUGCAUGUGUAAAGAGAAAGCGAGACCAACCUUUGGACUGUGAGGUUGUCGGUCUGCAGCUUGAAUCUGCUGCAGCCUUAACAGCGUCUGGCUCUGGAGGUGUGCCUGCUCUUCCUCCACCUGCUGGGUGAUCACCUUGAGACGCUCCGGGUGCAGCUGAGUGUCCAAUGAGCGCACCUGCAUCCAAAUCCAUCAGGCGAUUUCGACAACGUGACCAAUUUAACGGACCGCUUGGUGUCGCCUCCGUUUACCUGCUCCUCCAGCUGCACGCGAGCAGAACGUUCUCGAUCCAGCUGCUGACGCAACUCGAGCAUUUCUCUCCUCAGCUCCUCCACCUUCUCUUCAUCCAGGGUGUCAGGAGAACCGAUGCCUUCAUCUUUCUCUUCUGCUCGCCUCCUCUUUGGUGAGGAACCGUUGAACUCCUGGAGUGACAUGGCGGGGGCGGGGAACCAUGGUUAACAACA